CAGCUUUUCAUAAUGUUUAUUUACUUUAAUAGUGUGAUAGUAUAUUAAAGAACCUUGGUGUGAUUGUUAGGAGUAUUUCAUUUAUUAUUUAUUGUUGGUAGUUAGAGAGAAGAUCAGAAUCAUUAUUCUGUUCCGAUUCAUAAUUUUAGAACAACUGAUUGUAGGUGAAUACAAAGGAAAUAAUAUAUUUAAAACGGGCUUAGAACUAAUUAAAAUAUAUUUGUUGUCUGUAAUAAUAUUUAGAUCAUAGGAUGUUCAGAAUUGCGGAGUCUUAUCGUAAAUUGACUUUUAUAACUCGUAAUAUACAUUUUUUUCGUCCUCUCCAGUGCGAGAAGAAUACACCUAAAAGAAAAGUGAAAGAAACUGUUGAAUUAGUGACAUUGGUUGAUCAGGAUGAUAAAAUAUUAGGUUUAAAACCUAAACCUGAAACUGAAAAACUAGCAAGAAAACAUAAUCUUUCAUUGGUGAGGGUAUAUGAUACAAAAUUUGGUAAAAUGUAUCCUGCUUACAAGUUAAUAUCCAGUGCUGAUGUGCUGAAGCAAGAAAAGAAAACAUCUAAUGCUAAAGUUCUAAAAAAACUACCAAUUAAUGGUCGAAUAGCAGAUCAUGAUCUGACCACGAAGAUAAAGACUAUACAAAGAUGGAUUUCUAAAAACUGCGAAGUCCAUGUUGCUAUAACUUCAGGAAAUAAUGAAUCACAAGACUUAAGGAAAAAAGUAUUUGAAAAAUUGCAAAAUGAACUGAAAAAUGAAUGCCGAAUCUUAGAUGUUCGACAAAAGGAAGAUGCUCUUAAGUGUAUAAUAAUACCUCCUAAAGUACCUCCUGCACCCAAAUCACCACCGGAAAAUGACAAAAAUGUAAAAACUGCAACCCAGCAAAAUGAAUAAUGAAAAAAGUGAUAUGUUUGAUAUGACUUUCAAAAAAUAAUUAUAUAACACCCAAA